UCAUUCUCCUCUCUUUCUCUUCAUUAUUGCGCAUUCUAUCCCUCUGUCUCUGUAUCACUCAGUCCAUCUCUGCAGUGUGAGCGAGCAGAAACGGUCGCCAGCAGUGCACAUCUGAAGAAGUAGUCAGCUAUAUGAGUACAGUGUGUUUCAAGGUCAGAGGGGAUCACCAAACUAAUGGAGUGUUUUAACAGCCUACUCCUUAAACUGCGGGAGGUUCACGAGCGAGAAGUGGAGGGGUGGCAGGUGAAAAUCCAAGAGUUGUCCAAUAAGAAGGGCUGCGAUACAAAGCGAAUGGAGGAACUGUUCACCAAAAACCAGCAGAUGAAAGAACAGCAGAGAUUACUCACUGAAAACAUCAAGACGCUGGAAAACAGGCUGAGGGCGGGGCUGUGUGACAGAUGCACAGUAACUCAGGAGGUAGCCAAGAGAAGACAGCAGGAGUUUGAAGCUUCGCAGAUACAGAGCCUGCAACACAUCUCACUGCUGGCAGGAGAAAUGAACAACCUGAAAAAGGAGAACAAGAGACUCAGAGAUGAGAUCAAGAUUUUAAGAGCAGCACUCCACAGGGGUUACAAUGACAACUCCUCCAACAGCAGCACCACCACAGAGGUCAAGCCAAACGGCUCCCCUGAACAUUCUCCCUCCACUGGACCCGUGGCCCUCGUCACCACAGCAUCCAGCAGGACCAGCAACCAGCCAGCAGAUGGCGAUGUUGCAGUGAAAACUGAGGUGGACCAAAGAACCGAAGAAAGUGAACAAAGACCAUGGAGAGGCAUAACCAGAAGUCAAAUUGACUCAUACAAGGCUUUGACAACUCUGGCAUCUUCAUCCUGGAAGACAGAAAAUAAUGUAUCCCGUAUUGGAGAGAGGAGAGUUCAGAGUGUUGAAGAGCAGCACUCCUACGUCUCUCCUCAAGAUCUCCUUCUUAAGAACUCUUCUUCAUCAACAAGUGUAGAAGUAAACCCCAGCAGACAUGUGCUCCAUGCUCCUGUCCCCUGCCGUCCUCAACCAAUAAAGAGCAGCCCUCUUACACUCCCAUGGUCCUCGGCUCCAGGGACCAGCCUAGCAGUUCAACCUUCGUCCAAACCACACCUGCCACGUUUUCCCAACAUGAUCUCAACUGGCCAACAUGGAAGCCCUCGAAGGCAAGAUUUUGGAUCCCUCUGGCACAAGCAGAGCACCCCUAAGCCCGGUGCCGCAGAGCCAACUGUAUUGUUCAGGUUGAGGAGUCUGUCAGAGCAUGUGGACAGUGAAACUAAACCCAAGGAGAAAAUGGAAAUGCUGCCAUUUAAAGCCGAGAAGGUCUCUGGAGAAGGGCUGAGAGAGGUCUGUGAGGGGCCUCUGGAUCUAUCCGAUCGAGGAAAGUCCAAAUCCAACCAAUCACCAAACAGUUAUUCACCUUUAGCCUUAAAAGGUGUAGAGAGAGUACAGACCAGCCCUAAUGAGGACGUGAAGACAAAUUCGUCCACACAUGGACCAGGAUCUUCGCUUCAUCGUGUCAUCCCUCCCUCACUAUCCUCUACACCACCAUUUAAACAAUGUGAAGAAGAGUCUGCCAGUGACCACAAGCACGUGCAGGUAGUCAAAGAGCAGGAGCAGAAAGAGGAGGUGAAUGGAAAGACAGACCAAAACAGUGAGAAGAAGGUUCCGGUCCUCACUUUAUCUUUACGUCCAGUAGUAGUGCUGGAGACUUUAAAUUCUGCUCUGCAAAAGCAAGAAUCUUUAUCUUCAAAUGACAAGUCAUCAUCACUGGCAUCACAGGCAUCUGAAACAGGAAGCAGUGCGGACGAGCAUGAUAAGGAGGAGAAUGUGUCAGGACAAGAAAGCAACCAGGGCUGCAAGAGGAAGAGGCCAUCUGUGGAGACAGAAAUCGACGGAGACUCGGACACAGACAGUACGAAUAAGUUCACCUUUGCAGAUAUCCAGCAGGACAGGAAGAUCAAGAUCACAGUGAGAACUGAGGAGAAGAGCCCCAGCUAAAGAGUGUGAUAUCACACUGAUUUGGUGAUCUCAGCUGAACCCAGAUGAACUGAUACCAAAAGAAACUGUAAAUACACCAUUGACUUAAUUAAUACAGCCAACAAAUUAAAGUAUUUACACAUCCAGCAGACACGGAACAACCUUAGCAUUAAAUUAGUGUUGUGUAUUGUGUUGGCCACCUCAUACAAGUCCAAUAUUCACUUUUGUUUAGCUCUACUCUCUCACUUUGACUGUCUACUGUUUGUUGGUGUGGCUGAAAAUGAAAUUGAUAAGAGAGGUGAGAAGUUAAUUAGAGUUGAAAGAAACUACAUUUCUCACGAUUGUCAAUUUUUCAUUUUUAACUGAACAGUUAACUGACGGUUGUAAACACAACACUGAUGUGUUAUUUAUAAAGCUGAAGUGGUGAACAGUUGCUUCCUUACACAUACAGCAGGCUCAAAGAAUCAUUAACAUUUAUUAGGAGCUGUGUUUACCUGAUGAACAUAAGCCCAGGUGGGUAGCAUAAACUUGUUUUACUGGCCAAAGGUUACAAAUUUUCAACCAGUUUGACAUUAAGUGAAACACCGGAGCAGAAUGUAAUGUAAGAUCCCUGUGCUCUCUGGGGAAAGGACUCCCUUUAAAACUCCCUUACAUGCCUGCAAAAUACACUACUCUAGAAACACAAGAAAAAACUGUCAUAUGUCAACAGUCUUUGUCAAUUCAGCAUCAAUAUAACCCAUGAAGAUAAACUGCAUUUCCAUACAAACUUACCAGAUUUUGGCCUUACCAGCCUCUGUUGGUUAUCUGUGACCGUGGGAAUGAGAAGAAAACUAUUUCAAAAGUGAAAUAUGUUUUGGUCGGUAUAAUAAGCACAAACUUAUUAGUCAUGAAAUGUGGACGUUGGUCAGGGUUGCAGUCCAUCACAAACAAACAAACAAAACAAGGGGAGGCAGCACAUCUGACAAAUGCCUGUUCAGUUGCUGCACAAUGAAAUUAAGUCAGUCUAAUCUCACACAACAGACCAGCCUGGUAAAACAGAAGCCCAACAGUGAAUAUGCUGCCCAUCCAACCAAAACAAGGAGUUGUUAAAGUUAAACCUGCCCAUGAAGCUCAGAUGGGUUGAUAAUUCUCGAUGGAUUCAUCACUAUUAGCAACUCAUUUUGCAUUACAAUAAUCUUUUGAUCAAUCUGUUAAUAUAAAAAUAUGAGGAAAUUAUUGAUUAGAGCAAAUUAAAGGUUUUCAUGUAGCAUUUUUCAAUAAAAUAAAUAUCCCCUGCCUUUGGCCCAGUUUACUCUUAUAAGCCUUAACAGGACAAGGGUAAGCAAAAGGGUAAGAAGAUGAAGGACUGGGGAAUAAAUAUAGAUAGAUAGAUAGAUAGAUAGAUAGAUAGAUAGAUAGAUAGAUAGAUAGAUAGAUAGAUAGAUAGAUAUGUAUCUUAAACAAAUUAAAAUAAGGUUGAGUUUGAGUUACAGUUUAGAAGUGUUUUUUUUUUUUUCUUGACAAGUUUCUCGCUACUUCCUUUAUUUGUCACUGAAAAGCAGAACACGGGGCCCUGUAUCUGUUGCCUUAAUGCAGUAACUUCUUUUAGAAGUAGCAUGUUAAAAUUGUUCCUGUUAAUGUCACUUUUAUCUAAUAUGGGUAAGUGCAAGCUAAAGGAGAUCUGGCUUGAGAACAGCAUAUUCAGGCUUGGAUGAAGACUGCUGAAAAAUAAUGAAUUUGAAGCAUGCUGCACCUUGCAUAAGAAAACACUCAAAUUAGUAACUUUGUAUAAAGUCAUUAGAGAAGCAUGAGAAGAAAAACACACAGCAGCACCUGCCAGUUUGCCUUCAUAUUCUUUGUGCUUUUUUGCUUUUUUGCUUUUUUGCUUUUUUUUUACUAUGGAUGUGGAAUCGGUCUAAAGUUGAAUUCAUAAUGAUCUUAAAACAGCCUUAAAAAGUCUUUAAUUGAACUUACUGAAACCUGUAGAAAUCCUGUACUAACUGUAAAAUUAUUUCAAUUUCCUGGCAUUGCUGUCACCACUAUUUUUGCACUAAGCCUCUCCCCGUCUCUUACUCUGUCUUAAGUGACUAACAAAGAAAAAAUAUAGAGGGGAAAAAAAUGGUUCCUCUUCCUCUUUUUCAUUUUCAGAAUGCACAUGUUUUGCAAGUAUUAACUUUCCACUCACAGCUGUUACAGCUUUUGGUGAGCUGGUGUGUCAUUUUAUAUAAAUACUGUAUACAAAAUAUUUUUUAAUGAACGUGCUCUAAUGAAUUCACAAAAUCAGCCAAUAUUUACUUGUAAUAUGAGAUUUUUUGCUAUUUUUCUCCUUUUUUUUCCAAAACCGUGCACUUUUUAUUCUGUUUGUGAAAACCUUUACAGUCAUCUAUUGAUUUCUGCUCUUUCCAUCAUGCCUCUCUCUUUAAUGCCAUUAGAUUCCAUUACGCUCAGUGCUUGGUCACUGGUCAGUGGAAAAAAAUAGCCUUUCGCUGCCAUUCACAUCUGUCUGGUAAUUAAAAUGUUAUUGACUGUGCUACUGUGAGUGUAUUAUUGCAUGCUGUCUUUUACAGUGUGCUAAGCUCCCAAGCUAAAUGCUGUGUGUGGUCAUAACAGGUAUUUUGUCUUUUGGAGUGAUAUAACACACACUCUUAUGAACCAUAUGAACUGAAUGCACUAGUUCUGAUACUGAAAUAAAUUUCAGUUCUUAAAUGUU